AUGCAGCCUCUUCGAAGAAAAUCCUCACUCUUCAACUCAGAAAUGGGGUCAAUGAAGGGUCGCAAGAACAACAACCUCUCCAUUUUCGUGGUGGUGUUCUCGAUCUUCCUCUUCGGGCUCUUCAUGUACAACGAGGACGUUAAGUCCAUAGCCGAGUUCCCAUUCUCGAGUCCAAAAGCGCACGAAACGCAAGAGGUUGAGUCUGUUCCAAGUGUUCAAAGGGACACUGAGAAGGACGUGGAAGACACUGUCACGGUUACGAAGAGUUCUAGGGUUCAACUAGAGAAGAGUAGUGAUGAUGAGGAUUCUGAUGAGACACAAGAACGUGUUGAUUUGAAAACGGUGGUGGAGAAAGAGAGAAAGAUUGAACUGCCACGUGCGGAGGAAGAGGAAGAAGUGGAAGAAGAAGAGGAGGAAAAAGAAGAAGAGGUUGUUGAGUUGCCACCAGAAGAUUGUGACUUGUUUACUGGGGAGUGGGUUUUGGAUAACGAGACACACCCUUUGUACAAAGAAGAACAGUGUGAGUUUCUCACUUCGCAAGUGACAUGCAUGAAGAAUGGACGACGUGAUUCUAUGUAUCAGAAUUGGAAGUGGAAGCCAAGAGAUUGUUCUCUUCCCAAGUUCAAACCGAAGCUUUUGUUUGAGAAGAUCAGAGGGAAGAGGCUCAUGUUUGUUGGAGAUUCACUGAAUAGGAACCAGUGGGAAUCAAUGGUUUGUAUGGUCAAUUCUGCGGUUCCUUCACUUAACAAGACUUGGUACAAAACUGGUUCUCUUGCUAUCUUCAAAAUCGAGGAGCCAGAGCACGUUACUACGGUGGAAUUCUACUGGGCACCGUUCCUUGUAGAGUCAAAUUCAGAUGAUCCAAACAUGCACAGCAUCUUGAACCGUAUCAUCAUGCCUGAAUCGAUCGAAAAGCAUGGAGUGAAUUGGAAGAGUGUGGACUACCUCAUCUUUAACACCUACAUAUGGUGGAUGAACACUUUCACUAUGAAAGUUUUACGAGGGUCAUUCGGUGAAGGGUCCACGGAAUACGAUGAAGUUCCUCGGCCAAUAGCAUAUGGGAGAGUCCUCGCGACAUGGUCAAAAUGGGUAGAUGACAACAUUGACCCAAAUCGAACCAAAGUUUUCUUCAGCAGCACGUCCCCUCUUCAUAUCAAGAGUGAGGAUUGGAACAACCCAGAUGGUAUAAAAUGUGCUAUGGAAACCACUCCGGUUCUCAAUAUGUCAACCCCAUUGGAUGUGGGAACAGAUCGUAGACUUUUUGCAAUUGCCAACAAUGUGACACAAUCAAUGAAGGUGCCAGUGUACUUCAUUAACAUCACUAGUUUAUCAGAGUUGAGAAAAGAUGCACACACCUCUGUUUACACCAUACGCCAAGGCAAGAUGUUAACUCCAGAACAGCAAGCUGAUCCUGCCACUUAUGCAGAUUGUAUUCAUUGGUGUUUACCAGGAUUACCCGACACAUGGAAUGAGUUCCUUUAUGCACGGAUCAUUUCUCAAUCUUGACCUACACCAACCUAUAGAUAUCUUCACACAUACUUCUAUUCCCUUUUUCCUUUUUUCCUUAAUUGUUAUUAUUUCUACCUUUUCUUAUGGAAAAAGCUCCUUUUCCCUUGAAUGCCUCAACAAUUGUUUGUCAGCUUUUGUAAUUUUAGCAACUUUAUAUAGACUUUUUUUGUUUUUUUUUGUUUUUUAGGAAUUGGGCAUUUUUACCCCCUUUUUAUUUCAUCAUGUUUCUUUGUUAAGCCAACUUAGCCAAGCACGGAAGCACAAGAUCCUUAAAUGUACAAUGAAUCCUUUUUCCCUGAAUGAAGAGAAAAUAAAGCAUCAAAGUUUCGUUUA